AUGCUCGAAGAGAAGUCAAAGGUAAAAGCUCCACCAAAAUGCAGUCAGCCCAUCGGUGACAACGCGGGGAAGGCAGAGAUUGCUGAGAGCCGACGUGGCCGACUACGGGUACGCUUCAACGUGAAGGCGAUACGAUAAUGGGCGCGCCGUAAUAGUCGAUCGAGCUGCUCUUUCCUUCGGACCAGGGUCAUUCGAUCGAUCGAUGAUCAAGCGACAUUGAAUCACCGUGAUCAAAAUCAAAUAUGUACCAGGUUUAAAAGUUGUAUUGCGGGCAUCGCAGAAUUGGCUUACAUGUACCGGUAUAAUAAUGCUGCGCUCGUUGGACAGGCUGUCCAGAACAGUACGAGAGCCUCUUGGAGAGGUGUAAGAGCUCCAGUACUGAACCUCUUCAUGUCGUGCAGCGAAUUGUCCUCGUCGUAAAUAUAACCCAGAUAGCUGAAACAAUAAUACCAUCACUGCAUGUAGUCUCGAACGAACAGCCUAAUUGAAGUAGCCAAUAAAGUAUUAAUAAUUGACACAAGGAAUUGAAGAGCUCC